AUGUCUUUGAAGCUCCACGAACUUACAAACGAUGAGGACUUCAAAGCGAUAAACGCCGCAGAGCACGAGGCCUACAGUAACCCGUUCAAUGGCGUCUUCGAACUCACCAAAGGCACCUCGCCGGAAGAGGCUUGUGCCCGUCAAUUAGUCUGGCAUAAAAUCCAGCCUGGUAGUCAUUGGGUCUAUGUUACCGACGAAAGUACUGGUGAAGUGAUUGGGGGCACGCGAUAUAUUAUUUACGAGACAAAUCCAUACGCAGUCGAACAACCCGCACGAAAGGCUUCUUGGCUACCUGAAGGUCCUUUAAGACAGGUCGGAGAUCAUCUCCUCGCCUGCCUAGGAAAACAUCGCCCAGUCCUGAUGAACAAGCCGCACAUAUUGAUAUCACUAUGUUUCGUGCAUUCGGCGCACAGGAAGCGGGGUGCCGCAAGUUUGAUGUUAGAGUGGGGGACGCAAAAAGCAGAUGAACUCGGCCUGGAAUCCUUCGUCGAAUCUACCGAGAUGGCCCGCCGCACGUACGAAAAGCAAGGGUUUUACGUUAUUGGCGAUUUCUACCUGGACGCCCAGGAAGAGAAUCCAAGUAAGGAAUUUAUCGCGGAGAGAAAAAGACUCGAGUGUCCUAUCCAUGGGUUCAUUAUGAAGAGGGAUGCAAGGGAUGCGAGGGAUGGUAAAUCUACCCAAUAG